AUGUCUCCUGUUUCAACAUUGAAUGGUUUAUCAAAUGAACUAAUUAUUUGUAUUUUUGGUUAUUUGAAGGCAGAAGAAAAUUUUCAAUCAUUUUUUGAUUACAAUGAUCGCUUCCGAAAAUUGGUAAAAUGUUACGUGAUGCACAGUCGUCGUACACUUGACGAAGAUAUUGAAAGGUUCUCAACGUUACAUAGCUGGUACAAACACUUACAUUUUGUUGAUGGUGGCGUAACAUUCUAUAUGGUACCAUUGAAAGGUGAACAAGAACGCUACAAUUUCAGUCCUUGCGUUUCCGAUAGGAUUGGUAUUCAUUGGCAUUUUUGGCGACAGAAACAAAUGCCGCUCGUUGAUAAAAGAAUAGAACAAAUUAGUCAAAAGUAUCCGAUUAAACUCAAUCCGCUCUUCGCUAGUCACGGAUCAAGUAACGGAAUAUUUAUGGAUGAUGGCCGAAAUUUUAUUCGCCAAUAUUAUCCAGCACAAUUUGAAGCCUUGUCAACGACUCUAUUUUGCAGAUCAUACCACCGUAUUUUUGAUCUUCUUCCAUUUUACACAGACGAUGCCAAAGCUACGAUGCAAUUUAUCUAUGAAAAUGAGCCGAAACGUUUAAGAAAUAUGAUACAAGAAGCAGCUCGUUGCAUAUGGAAAGAAAUACAAGCAUUGGAAGAUGUCAAUUUAUUAGAUAUUAAAUAUACUCAACAGACAGCAGGAUUUGUCAUGCAAGUGAUACUUCACGAAUAG